AACAGCAAUCGAGGGUUUUAUAUUGCGAUUUGGAAUUCGAUUAUACGAGUUUUCUUUUCAAGAAUCGGUAAGUUUCACUACCUCAUUGCUAUAAUUUCAGGCUUCAUGUUUCACUUUCUCUGUAAAACGAUUCUACUUGGGAGACGCACUGUUACAGCUUCGCCAACCCGCAAUCCGCGUUUUUCUCAAUUAAUAUCUCUCAAGUUCGUCUCAACUAAUGCGGAUAAUCACUCAUUUGUAGUUUCGUAUCUCGUAAACUCAUGUGGGUUCUCGCCAGAAACGGCUCUAAAGGCUUCAAAGGAUAUCCACUUUGAGACCCCAAAAAAACCUGACUCUUUUAUUGCUUUUCUGAAGAAUCAUGGUUUUACUGAGACCCAAAUCUUCACAAUUAUUAAGAAAAUCCCAAGUUUGCUUGUAUGCGAUGCUGAGAAAUUCCUCUUGCCCAAACUUGAGUUUUUUUACUCAAAAGGGAUGUCAAGCCCUGAACUAGCCAAGAUUAUGUGUUAUUAUCCAAUCAUUUUCAAAAGAAGCUUGGAAAAACAACUGAUUCCUUCCUUUGAUUUCUUUACCAAUGUGCUUAAAUCUGAAGAGAAUACCGUUGCAGCGUUUAAACGUUAUGCGGGUAUUCUAUCUGUUAACCUUGAAAAUACUCCAAUUGCUUCUAACAUCAAUAUAUUGAGAGAACAUGGAGUACCAGAAUCAAAAAUCGUUACCAUACUAAGAUACCAGCCUAGAUCAUUUUUGAUUGGCUCAGAUCAAUUUAGGGAGAUUGUGGAGGAAGUGAAAAGAAUGGGGUUCAACCCAUUGAGGACAAAGUUUGUGCUGGCCGUCUUUGCUUUGAGGACAAUAAGCAAAUCGACUUGGGAAAAGAAGGUUGAUGUUUAUAAGAAAUGGGGUUGGUCUGAUGAAGAUAUUAUUAUAGCAUUUGGGAGGAAUCCAUGGUGUAUGACGGCGUCAGAGAAGAAGAUUACGGGGGUGAUGGACUAUUUCAUCAAUGUAAUGGGAUUAAAGCCAUUGGUUGUUUGCAAAGACCCAGCACUUCUUUCGUUGAGCUUGAAGAAAAGAAUUGUUCCAAGGGGAUCGGUUGCUCGAGUUUUGUUGUCGAAAGGUCUAAUUAAAGAGCGUAGUUUGUUUAGGUGGUUUGCUUAUACGGAAAAGUUGUUCCUUGAAAAGUUAGUGACAUGUUAUAAAGAAGAAGCUCCUGAACUUAUGAAGCUGUAUACUGAGAAACUGAACCUAUCAAUGCAGCGAGGAAGUGAGAAAAAGUGAGUAGGAUCUCGCAAUGGCAAUGGAACGAAGCAUUAUUUUCAUGUUUUUGUUGUCACAUCACAUGAUUUUGUUGAUUUCUCAGUGUUGAAUUUUUUUCAAUAAUCCAAAACAAUUUGUCUUGAAGUUGUAUUUGAUGUUGGUUGUCAAUUA